AUGGACGACGAGAGGCUGUCAGACGACUUGGCAGCAUGGGCGUGCUACCGGCUGGACCGCCUACAGCCUGGUCUGCGGAUUCUGCAUCUUUACGACAGCAAUGGGGUUAUCACAAAGGGUGGGCUGUUGGUCAGGAUUGGGAAGACGGUUAGUCGGGCGUGA